AUGUACCGGCCCGGCGGCUCUGGGCCUCGGGCUCGAGGCAGCAUCUUGGGAGCCCUCAAGGCCUCCGAGAUGCUGGAUGCGCGGGCCAGGCUCCCAGCAGAAAUCAUGGUGACGAUCCUCAACUACCUGCCCGUGGCCGAUCAGAUGCGCGCUGCACGCGUGUGCCGUCGCUUCCAGGAGAUGGUGUACGACGACACUCGCUGGGUGUCACGGCUGAAGAGCAUGGGAUGCUGGGACGAGCGGGAGGCGAGGCAGAGGUUCGAGGAGGCGCUCCGGCGCAGGCGAGAAGCUGCUGCUGCAGCGGCGGCGGCCCAUCAGUCCAGCGACGGGUCCGGCAAGUCCAACGCAGUCUCAUCGGCCACCAUAUUCGAUGCCACGAUCGAGCAGCAGCGCCGGCAGCGGCCCAUUUCCCAACUGGCGGAUGGCUUCGAGACCAUGGCGAUUGGCACAAGCGAUCCUGCAGAGGACCCUGCGGCGUAUCUCGACGUAUUCAAGCGCGUCAAGAGCAUCAGGGGCGGGGCGAGACAGGAAUACGGCAAGAUAUACAAGGCUCUUGCGCCCUUCUACUUCGACCUUGUCAAGGCCAAGUCGCACACGGAUCCAAUUGUCUUCAAGGCUUUCAUUGACCCCGAGCAGCAGGCACAGAUGCUGGCCAACUUGCACAGAUUUGCCGGCAGCGAUUGGGCUGAGGGCUGGGCGGUCAGAGAUGCGAAGCUGAAUACCAUGAUGAACAUCUUUGAGGCCGCUGUGCUGCGGGAGUUUGAGCAAGGCUACGAAUUUUGGGACGUGGAUGGGCGGAUGCGUCGAUAUGCCCACGUGUUGCACACGCUCAACGGGGCCAAGACUGGCAUCGAGCUCUUUAUACAGAAGCAUCCCCUCUUCAACGAUCGUGAGCUGAUGCAUAACCCCAUGGACUGCCUUAACCAAGCCCCAACAGACGACGUGACGCUGGAGCCAUCGCGGCGCUUCUUUGAGCAUGUCCUCAUCAAGGUCAACGAGCAGGCCAACAUCUUGGAACGAAUUUUCCCCAAACCAGCCGUUGUAUUCUGGGGUCUCGCUGAAAAGGUGGCGGAGGAUAUAAUUGCCGAAUACACAACGCCCCUGUUUGACGAGGCACACGAGCGCAGUAUUCUCUCCUAUCUCAAGGCUGUUUCCGGCAUAUUCGAGCAGACAAUGAGGUUCUUCGAAUCGCUCACACCCCCCAAGGGAUCGGAGGAAGAAAACAUGGCUGAGCGUGCCAAGCAGCUGACCUUGAAAGUCUUUGAGCCCCAUCUCGAUUUGUACCUGCAGGAAGAGCUGGAUUACUUCACCAAACAGGCAGAAAUCGAGGUGUCACAAUGGGAGAAGAAGCUUUCCGAACAAGACUCGUCACUGGAGUCCUUUUACAUGUCCAACAUCAAUCGUUCUGCCGAAAAGAAUGACUUCCUCAGCUCUUUCAAAAAAGUCAUCAUGAUGCCUGUCACGGUUCUCCCAAACUUCCCCAUUGGUUCGCCGUUUGCAACCACGAAGCCGACAUCGUCUCCUGCGGUCACUGCGAAUGGGUCAGCCGCGUUGACUCCCCAGUCUUCUCGGCCGCAGACUCCCGGGCUGGGGGGCAACGAGAUCCAGGCACGGGGCAGCAGUCCGAUGCCUGGGGCUAAAGCUCCGACUGAUGAGCUUGCGGCCAAGGCAGCCAUCAUUGCCUCGAAGCUGGAGGGCAUCAAGUCUCUGUUCAGCAUCGAGGUAGCCCUAGAUUUGGUGCACAAGGCCAAGGGAAGUCUUGGGCGUGCUGCGGUGCUCAUUCCCUUGGGCGGACAGGUUGGUGGAGAAGCUCGAGAGCAAUGUGCCAACAUAUUCAUUGCGCUCGUUCGCAUUCUUGGACAGAGGCACGUCAAGCUUGGGUUCGACAUGGCUGUAGACCAUCUAUCGCAUUACAACCCGAGAGAAGUCAGCGACCACGACCAAAAAGGAGUGGCGCCGCUGGUCAUGUUCAUCGAGUUGGUCAACGUUGGUGACCUCAUAUCUCAGAUGAUUGACGUUUUCUACGAGCAGCAGCUCGUAACGCCCAAGAUUUCGGACAAGAACGACUUCCUGGAUCCUGCUGGCCUGGCCAAGAAGAAGUUUGAGCAGAUGCUGGACGAGAGCGUGGCGGCGGGCCUGAACAAGGGCAUCGACGUGCUCAUGGACGAGGUUGAGUAUCUCCAGGGAACCCUGCAGCAGCCUACGGACUACAACCCCACCCCCCGCACACCUGCGGAUGAUGCGAAUAACCGACUAUCCAAACGAACGACAAUCGGAUCCAUGGCGGAACUGGACAUUGGGCCGACGCAAACGGCUCGCCGCAUCGUUGACCUAGUCAGAUCUCAUACCAACAUGCUGGUGGGCACGACGGAGAAGUCGAUGCUCGACGUCUUCAACGGCGAAGUCGGCCAGCGGCUGUUCACGGCGAUAUGCAAGCACCUCAAGCGGCAGCGCAUCAGCACCGACGGCGCCGUCAAGCUGAUUGCCGACAUGAACCUGUACUCGGACUACGUGCGGUCGCUGCGGAACCAGGACGUGCUGCCGUACUUUGGGGCGCUGCGCGAGCUGAGCCAGAUUUACCUCAUCGACCCGGGUCACGCCAAGGAAAUGGCCACGGUCAUUGCGGACGGCGACCGUUUCGGCGGCGUGUUCCGUGCCGAGGAGGUGUACGAGUAUGCGCAGCGGAGGGCGGACUGGUAUCAGGUGAGGAGGAGCGUCGAGAGGGCCAUGUACGGCAUGGACUGCAUGGUCAUGUAA